AUGGAUUCGCAAGUGACCGACCAGGCGGAUGUGUGCGGUGAAGGUGCGGUCGCAGUGAGAGUAGGUGUAGUCCUGGUCCUCACCGCUGGAGUCGAAGGCAGUGGGGGUGUUGUCGGUUGGUGUGUCAGGGUGGUUGAUGUGCGUGACGGUCGCCUGGCCGCCGUCGUUGGGGCAAUGGACAAGGAUGAUGAUGAUGAUGAUGAUGAUGAUGAUGAUGAUGAUGAUGAUGAUGAUGAUGAUGAUGAUGAUGAUGAUGAUGAUGAUGAUGAUGAUGAUGAUGAUGAUGAUGAUGAUGAUGAUGAUGAUGAUGAUGAUGAUGAUGAUGAUGAUGAUGAUGAUGAUCAGACCGAAGUUUUGGCAGGCGGCGUAGAAGAGCCCUAUGCUCCGUUGCAUCUACUCUUCCGAGAUGGUGUUCAGGGCGCAGUCGUCGUCGAAGACAAGUUCGUGAAUAGUGGUUGUGGAUACGUUCGAUUAAAAGUACAUCCGCCGUUGAUUCAGGAGGUGACCGUCCGUACUGUAGGCGAUGCGGAUCCCGGGGCGUUCGUCGCGGUAGGCAUCCAUCAGCAUGACAGAGAACGUAAGACUGAAGAGGGUGUUCUCCAGCACGCAUCCCUGCUUCACUCCGUUGGUCAUUGCGAAUGCCUCUGA